AUGGCGCUCCAAAAUGCCAUCAGUCGUGGACACCGCAGUCGUUCACCCCCCACUUCGACGGAACACCCUGAAGGGCCACUGGAGUCGUAUGAGGCUUGGCUCAUCGCCCGGGGCGUCACCUGGGAUGCACGGCUGCGGCUGCAGCGAGAUGACCUGACCGGCUGGGGCUUGAGCUGUACGAGGCGGAUCGAGCGGAAUGAAAAGUUGGCCGAGGUGCCGAGGUCUGCGGCCCUCACCAGCAGCGCCCGGAUCGACGCUUUGGGCCGAUCGGUGAUGGAGCUCUUGCGGGGCAAGCUGGAUGACUUGGCAGGAUUUGAUGAAACUCGUGACUCCCAGUUGCCUUUGGCCUUAGCCUUCAUGUUGGCCGAUGAGUCCUGGUCUCCGAAGUUGCGACAAGUGACUCCGCAACACUGCGAUCUUGCAUGGAACUGGACCUCCGCCAAGGCACCGGCUCUGCUGUCCGGGACAGAGCUGGAGAAGAUCGUUUUGGCCAAGCAACGGCGUGUGCAAGAGGAGUUCCAUCGGUUGGAGCCCAUUUUGGGACCGCACAGGAGCUUGGAGCAAUACACCAGUGCUUGUGCAGUGAUCAUGUCAAGAAUCCAACCCUGGUGGGGUGGAAGCUUGGUUCCUUUCGUGGACCAGGCCAAUCACCACCGCGAGCCGCAUCUGGAGUUCCGGCUGCGGCGGGGCCAAGUCUCAGCGCGGGCUCUGCGGGUCAUCGAGCCAGGGGAAGUCUUUCAAUCCUACGGAGAGCUCUCAACGGCAGAUUCGUUGUAUCGAUACGGCUUCACCGAGCCUGCCGGCCGAGCCGCCGACAUCGGCGUGUCCUUCGCGGACGUCGUCACGAUCGACGCGUCCGCUCUGGCGGCCGCGGAGGAACAUCUGGCGGAGCGGGCGGAGCAGCUGAAAGCAUUGGAGUUCUUGGAGGAAAGCCCUUGGGAUGGCCUUCAGGACUUGGGCGUGGAGCUUUCCCUCAGCCGCCGCCCGAAGGCUGCUGCCGGUGGCAUCAAGGGCUUGCGGCGCCUUUGGGCUAUUUGCAGUUGCGCCAUGCUGAAUGACACCAUCUGGCGAGAGGCGUUGGCCACAGCCAAGCCCAAGGAAGCCUUGGUGGCAUUGGGGGCUUCGCCAAAGCCAGGUGUCGAUUGGCAGCCUGACUCAUCGGCUUUGAAGCUUUGCAUCCGAGCGCUUGAAGCGCGCAGCAGGCGUUUGGGAAGUGUGGAAGAGGAAGAACGCUCAUACGACGUUGCGGUGAAAGAUCAAGUAGAGACCAUCCAUUUGGGACUGCAGAGGCUACGUGUUGUGGAAGCUCGGCUGUUGGAACGAGUCUUGCACUAUGUUCGAGGACUGGUCCACGCGCAAGCUGGGGAAGCUCGGUUCGGAGCUCCGCACAGAUGA